UGUGUGUGUGUGUGUGGAGGGGAGGGCUGAUUCUGCAGCAGCGUACUGUAGCUGCAGAUACGAGGAGUAAAGGCAACCCUCAGCUCUCAAGUGUCAGGUGUAGAGACUGCAAAGCAAAGUUUACUCUGAAAACUUCAGGGUGUUUUGUGCUGGUUUCAUGGCUCUCCUUACCAAUGUCGCCAUCCUGCUGGUCCUGGCUUGUAUUUCCCAUCACCUGAUGUUGAGCAGCUGCCAGAAGAGCAAUGGACGGCGGGGAAGAGGGGUGGACAGAGGACAACACAAGGUCAAGCCAGGGGAGAAGGUGAGCCGCCAAACCAAAUAUGUCUCUGCACAGCCUAUUAAGGGCAAAAUGGUAACCAAAGACAAGUCCGAGUGCACCUGGGCAGCCACAGGUGAGGACACCUUCAUCCUCGGUGUCACCUGUAAGCAGGGGGGCAGGACCUUCAGCUGUGAAUAUGUCGCCACACCAACCGUCUGUCCCCAGUAUGCGUCAAAUGUCAAACUUUACUGGAAGCAAAUCACCAGGGCGUUGAAGAAGCAAAAGACUUUGUGCCAGGACAGUAGUGCGUUGGUGAGGGCGGGUGUGUGCAGAAGAGCUGCCAGAGAUGCUCAUUUCAGACUCCAUAACACUCGGAGCAAGACUGACCCGCAUCCUGCCCCGCAUCCUGCCCCACGGCCUGCAACCAGAGCUCUCAAAUCCUGCAAACCUGGUCACAAGAAGCUGGCUGAGGAGCAAUGUACCGACUCCUGGUCGAGUUUUUGCACAUUCUUUUUUACUAUGGUGCAGGAUGAUGAUUGCUGAGUGAAGAAUCUCAGGUUAAUACUUGUUGUGUCUUAGAUUCAUUAUAGAUAGAAGUAUUUCUCCACAUUGUUGAUUCUACCACUCAAUAAACACUUUUUUAUCUAUUCUUUAA